AUGACUCAAGCAGAUAUAUUCGACUUUAUGAGGUUUAUCUUUGACUGCAGCCAGAACCUCGGUGCGGAGAACGCCAUUAUCACGUUAAUUUAUGUUGAACGUAUGACAGAGUUGGGAAACUUGUCCUUCCAUGCGAUCAAUUGGCGUCGCUUGCUGUUAGGAGCCUUGAUCCUUUCUAUUAAAGUUUGGGAGGACCUUGCAGUCUUCAACUCGGAUGUUUGCGCCAUCUUUGAGGGCCUUUCUGUUAAGGACGUUAAUGCGUUGGAGCGGUUCGCGAUGGCUAAACUCCAGUAUAAUGUUUCGGUAAAGCGGUCCCUGUAUGCGGCUUAUUACUUCCGCCUAAGGGAUGUCAGCGAGCAGCAGUAUAACCAGCGUUAUGGCCAAUGGUCCCUUAGCAUGAACCGGAGAGGCAUGGGGGAAAGAGAAAUGACUUGCCAUCACUGGAAACAAGGUGGCCAGACAGGAGACAAUCCAUCCAAUGGAAAGUACUAA